ACUUGUGUGUUCAGUUUCAGUGUUAAGGUGAGAUCGGAAGAUUCAAGAAAGAAGAAACAAAAAGAGGGUUUUGGUUUUCAAAUUUCAUUCAUUGAUUGAUUUUACAGAAGAAGAAAAUAACACUAGGGUUUGUUCAUGCGACUGUGACCUCGAAGAAGAAUCGUUGAAUUGGAAGAACAAUGGAUGUGAUAAAGACGCAGCAGAUUUCAUCGAGAGCGAUAGAGAAGGUGGUGGUGCACCCUCUCGUGUUGCUCAGCAUCGUCGAUAACUACAACCGAGUCGCCAAGGACACGCGCAAGCGCGUCGUCGGCGUUUUGCUUGGUUCGUCGUUCAAAGGCACCGUUGAUGUCACCAACAGUUACGCCGUGCCGUUUGAAGAAGAUGACAAGGACCCUAGCAUCUGGUUUCUUGACCACAAUUACCAUGAAUCAAUGUUCUCCAUGUUUAAGAGAAUCAAUGCGAAGGAGCAUGUUGUGGGUUGGUAUAGCACUGGUCCCAAACUGCGAGAAAAUGACCUCGACGUUCAUGGUUUAUUCAAUGAUUAUGUUCCAAAUCCUGUUCUGGUUAUAAUUGAUGUGGAACCUAAAGAGUUGGGAAUUCCUACGAAAGCUUACUAUACUGUUGAAGAGGUCAAAGAGAAUGCUACUCAGAAAAGCCAAAAGGUCUUUGUGCAUGUACAAUCAGAAAUUGCUGCUCAUGAAGUUGAGGAAAUAGGAGUUGAACACUUGCUUAGAGAUGUGAAGGAUACAACCAUUAGCACCCUCGCAACAGAGGUUAGUGCAAAACUCACAGCCUUAAAGGGUUUGGAUGCAAGGCUUAAAGAGAUAAGAAGUUACCUUGACCUUGUCAUUGAUGGAAAGCUUCCCUUAAACCAUGAGAUCCUGUAUCAUCUGCAGGAUGUAUUUAACCUGUUGCCGAAUCUUAAUGUCUCUGACCUGAUCAAGGCUUUCGCAGUGAAAACAAAUGAUAUGAUGCUAGUAAUAUACCUAUCGUCUCUCAUUAGAAGUGUGAUUGCACUCCACAACUUGAUUAACAACAAGAUGCUCAACAAAGAACAUGAAAGGGCAGAAGACUCAAAAUCAGUGCCUGUACCAAGUGCAGCAGCAAGUUGAGGUUUGGGAGGGUUGUGAUGCUUGGAGCUCUAUGAGCACCAUAAUUUAAAUUCAUGGACCAAGAGGAUAGCACUUUUCGGCUCACUAAUGCUGGUCUACUUGAGCAUUGCUGCAUUGAUUUGGGAAAUACAUGUAAUAUGGCACAAUGUUCUUCUUACACUAGGAAUGCUGUUGCUUCCGCGCAUAGUUUAUUUAUUAUAUAUUCUAAUUUUCUUGCUUUUUUUCUUUCUUUCAAGUUAUCGAUUAUCUGAUAGCUUCCUUUACCGUUAUAAGAUUAAUUCCCAUUUACUAGAA